AUUGUUGUUGUGAAGUGUCAAGUGUGUGAUUGGCUAUAUAUCGUAGUAUAUAUUCUCUUCUCGAUUUCGGUAAUUGAUCUAUUAUUUCCUGAUUAUUAGUUAUAUGUGAUUAAAUGAUGAACAAGCUGAUAAGGAUCUUCAUUCCUAAACGAAUUUUGUCGUUGCAACAGAAAUCUUAUUGUUUCUGAUUAGUAGCUAGUUGUGUUCAAAUAAAUCUAGUUCUUUCUGAUUUGGUAGAUUAAAAUUCUUUGGUCCAGUUUACAGUUUAUCAGCUAAUAGUUAUUCAUUUGGAGUACUUUGACUAUGUGAUCUGCUGUUGUUUCUUCCACGAUUUCUUUCGUUUGGAUAUCCAAUUCCAAAACAUCGCUAUGUGUUGAUUCACUACGUUUGUCGAUUCAAUACUUUCAUGUCAGCAUGUUAAUUUAAGCAUAUAACUAAGCCACACGACUGUACAUAUAGCAGAUGCAUAGACUUCCCUAUUGAUAGUUUAAGAUGUGCCGAGUAUAGAUUGCUUUCUUUCUAACUGCUUUGUGUUAUUUCUUUCGUUAUUUGUGUAACGUCAUUUUUUUUAGAUAUCAAGUAGUUUAUUUAGUAAGGUAUAUCCGUUUUUGUUUCUUCAUGUGUUUUGAGUUAAAAUAAGUAGCCAUGCCUUUCUAUUAAGAGAAAUAAUCAAGUAAUUAAUUCCUUUUCUUAUUAGUUGCUGUUUGGCGAAAAACUGAACCAAAGUACCUUAGAAUUGCGCUCACAAAUUUUUCGAUUCCGUUGUGUGCUAACGUAGAAUACAAUAACAUCCGAACACCAAAAGCACAAUGAAACUUUUUGGGUAGACUGAUUUCUGCUUUAGCACGUUUAAGGAAUUUUCUGAAGGAUGAUAUGAUUUUUAGUUCCUUCCUUUCCCCCAGUAUUUACGAGUUUCAUUCGAAAUGGACAACGGCAAAACGCGCUAAAUUUUCCGUAUGUCUUCUGCACAUGUGUCAUUUGAUCAUUAAUAUGUCAGAAAGAAAUCAGAAGUACAAAUUUAUUAUCCCAAUAACUAAGAUAUAAUUAAUAUAUGCAGGAUAACGAGACCAUCGUUGAAGAUGGAUCCACUGAGGAAGAAAAUGAGCUAAGAGCUUCAAAUUCGGAACAAGUGGAGAUGGAGAUUGCUCGCAUUCUGGAGAAGAUCAAUCAUUUCACUCAAAUGGUGUCAGAGCUGCUAGAAUCAGGAAAGUCAAUGCUGAAGGAACUGACAAAUGAAUUUGAAGAAAGGAUGAUCUUUCUACAUAAGGAACAGAUGGAGAAGUGGCAGGACGAGAUUAAGGAACUCCGAUUGCUUGAUGCUGCAAAUGAGGAGAUGAAUGCUCUCUUACACAACGCUAAAUAUCUGCUCCAGAACAUCCAUGCUGGCUAAAACGGAGAAGCAUUUGUAAGUUUUCAGUACAUAAUAUUUUUGGAUCUAAUAUUCAACCACUUAUUGCACUAUAACAGGAGUAAUAUUAGCAUGGUAUUAAUCCGGUAUUAUGGUUCUCAGUAUGGUGUACAUUUUGAGCAACUCUGUUAACUUGGUCGAGUGAAAAUUUAGGCAUUUUGUAUUUGGAUACUCAAAGGGUUCGGAUUUAAGAUAAUCAUGUCAAAUGACAAUAACGGCUAAUUUUUGUACAUCAAAAUAAAUAAAAUAAGAAAAACUUCAUUUGUUACAUGGAUCAAUCUUAGGUUUUUGGACAUGGAUUACAUCUCUGAUACAAAAUAUUGGGAACUGAAUCCCAUAAAAACCAAAAAUAAAUUAGAACAAAAUAAAUAUUAUGUACCAAAGAAUAAGUAAUAAAUAUAAAACAUCA